AUGAGAGGACCGCGACUGCAGGUCGGCUCCUCGGCCUGGGUCGCUGAGGAGAGAUCCUCUGCUCUCAUGAUCACUCAUACUGAGGUGGAGGAGUUCUCAUUCUCGGUACAGAACGAGCUCGACUGGCUCAACGAGCACAUGGCUGGCAUCUUCAACGAAAAUGAAACCAAUCUUGCGGAAACCUUCAAGACGCCUGGGAAGCUGCGCGGCAAGACGCCACGAACGGCUCGCAAGAACCCGAUGGAAACACGCGUGCCUCUAUCCGACGUAUUCGCGCCGACUCCAAAUAUUCCCCUCAAGGCUGCGCCUCAACCCGACCGCAACCAGUCACCACAAGCUCAUGCUCAAGGAGCUCGAUCCUCACCCAGCCCGGUGAAGCAGGCUUCUGCCCGUAUACCCGUUUUCUCACCCAAGCAACCCGCAACCCAAGACUCUGGAUAUUUUGGCAGCCAGGACGUUGGGGCUGUCAACAUACACUUGGACUCGGAGCUUGGAGACACCGAGGAUACUUUUAACGCUGCUGAGUGGCACACGACGACAACCGUGCCCGUCAGGCGCGAAAGCUCCACGCGACAGGUCACCAUUGAUUCGCCAGAAAAGACCUUUCAGACCGCCCGGGAGGAACAGACAACUCGCGUUCUCAGCGACGCGACCGCAAAGAUUGCCACGCCCCGUGUGGAUUUCGUGACAGCGCAGCUCGCCGAGGACGAGGAGAUGGACGUGGUGUCGACUAAAACCCCUGCUACCAUGCAACACACUGCCAGCGCGCGCCAACAGCGGCCUGCCGAUGCCGAUGCCGACCCGCAGUCAGAUGAUGCCCGGUCACCGUCAGACGGAUCAAGCCCAGUGAGGCCCGUGGUCCGGAAGAGUAGCUUGAACUUCGCGUCUCUGCCCGCCAGAGAACCGCUCACGGCGGGCAAGAGUAUCGGGGGCCGCGUGUCUAGGACGAGCCACUUGGAUCACAUCCGAACAAGCUACUACAACCGGCCGACCGGCGGAAAGAGUCUUGGCAACCUCGCCAAACUUGAUCAUGACGAUGAUGAGCAUCAAGACCAGAUGGAUGUUGAUGAGGAUAUCCCGGCUCGCAGCAUGAACGACCAAACCAACAUCGCCGCAAGUCAUACCAUGACUUACACACAACGACUGCAAGACCAGAUUAACCGACUGGGCAAAUCGCAAUCCGGCGGCGGCGCCCAAUCGAAACAACUACCUACUGCCCAGCCUAUGCAACCUCAGAAACCAACUACCGCACUCCAAUCUCCAUCUCCUGCUCGCAAGACGCCGGUUCAGACGACACCUGGGGCGUUCCCCGUAGAUGACGAUGAAGACGACGACGAUUGGAUCGAGCCCCCGGCAACAGCCACCCAAACCACAGACCUGAGGCCGGCUCUGCCAAAGAGCCACUCAGCGGAUGUGAUGGAAGAUAUUCAGGGCAAGGAAACUAUCAGUCAGCCCGACUUCCGUGCUCGAACUGGACAUCAUGGAGCCCAUGGGCACGGAAAGUCAGCAUCCGUAUCGACCGUCCCGAUUAUGCACUCGGCUUCAGACCCAGAUCUGCAGGCACUUAAGAAGACUGUCUCGGUUUCGAACCCCACAUUGAUGAGUGUUGCUGAGGCCAGAAAAGCCGAUACACCCUCCAAGUCCCCGUCCCGAUCAAUGCGAGAGAGCCCUCUGAAACAGGUCAAGAACAAGCUCUCUUCAAUAUUGAAGAGCUCAAGGGGUUUGCUGGCAAGCAGCGCUGCAAUUAGUGCCGAAGGGAAGUCUUUGAUGUCUCCUUCCACAACGAGACUGGGGUUGCAUCCUACAAUGUCGUCCGAAUCUGUGGUCUCCAAACAAAAGGCGGAUCCCCAGAGCCGCCAGCAGCCGGAUGCAAGCCCCACGAAGCCAAUUGCCCGGCGUACCAGGGCAUCCACCGAACGAGAGAAGGAGCAGAAACGCCGAGAGAAAGACGCCAAACGAGUCGAGGAGCAAAAUGACAAGCUUGAGAAGGCGCGUGAGAAGGAGAGGGAGAAGGCAUACAUCUUCAGCAAGGAACAAGAAAAGCUUGCAGCCAUGGAGAAGCAGAUCGCCCUGAAGAAACAAGAGGAGAAGGUUCUGCCGAAGACCACCCCAAAGGCCACGAGAACCAGCCCCAGGAGGGCGCCUCCGGCCGAGGAACAGGAACCAAAGACAUCUGACAGAGACGUCGAGAUGGAGGACGCCCCAUCUGCCGCUCCUGCGCCCGCCGCUUCACAGUCUGUUGGAUCGAACCAGGCAACUCGAACCAAGGAGAUGAAGCGACCCAUGAAGCCAACCAAGGAAUCACAAGCCAAGACCAGGCAGGCGCCGACUGUUAUCAGGGUGAACACUGGCUCUCAGCACUCCCAGUACCACCCCUCGAGCAGGUUGUCGACUACAUCACACGAUACUGCGGGUGGCUCCAACUCGCAGUCUCAGAGCCAGCUCGGGAGCAGAACCAGCAAGGCUUCGCUACACGCAAAGCCCUCUUCUCAGAGCCUCCGGGGUACUGCGUCGGUGAGCCGCCCCAAGGCCCUAGACCUCGCAGCCAAAAAGAAGGAGCAGGACGAGCGUGAGGCGCAGCGCCGACGCGACGCGAAGGCAGAAAUGGAGCGGAAACGCGCAGCUGCACAAGAGGAGCAGCGCAAGCAGGAGGAAGCGCGACGCCAGGAGGCUGAGCGGCAGAGGCGCCAAGAGCGUGAGCUUGCCGCGUCUCAGAAUGAUGGCAAGACUCCUGCUCAACGGAAAGCAGCCAUCGAGAAGGCGAAGCAGACGCGAGCGCCGCCUCCCGCGGUGCGCUCUCAGCUCAGUGGGCAGGCCGAUGCGGCGACGGGCUACGAGAAGAGGAUCUCGACUGCUCCUGGCACAAGAAGCGACGCGCAACGACCGCAGUCACGGAUGACGGGUAAUCUGCAACGAUCUCAAGACGAAUCCAGCAGACCUGUCAACGCGGUCCUGACGAACGCGGGCAAAUCCGCCGUCAAGCGCACGCUGGGCGCCCAGGAGAAGACUGAUGUAAAGCGACGCCGGACUAGCGAGGCAUUUGACGAUGAGGCCGACAAGGAUAAGUCGCGGAAUAUCAAGGGCCCCCCCGUGCGGCCGUCGGCAGGCUUUAAGAAAGACCUGCCAACAAAGUCCAUGUAUGGAUAUACGGCUGCACCGCCGAGUGCGACCCGCGACCUGUUCAAGGCCACGGUCACGGCGCAGCACAACAGUCACGCCAAGGCGGCUCACCCUCUGGACAUGGCCCAAAUAUCCAAAGGGGCAAUCCCUUUCGCGCCGAACCCCAACCCUGCUGGCGGCUCCUACAAGACACCCGCACGCCCCGCGGCGCCUCAAGGAGCCAAGUCUUCUGCCAAGCCAGCGCGGUCGUCGCCCCGGUUCCAGAAUGGCGAAUCCAUCGAGCUUCCUGAAAUCCAGACCGACGACGAGGAUGAGGAUGAAGACGAGUCGAACGGCAUGGUGGCGGCAUGGGCUGACUCUCCCGAUCUGCGACGGGCGCUCAUGCACCAGGAGACACUGGACCCGUCUAACAUCUUCGGCCCCCCCGCGCCGCUGAACAUGGAAGAGGUCUUCAACAAGAGCAAGGACAGGUGGCACAAGUUCCGCGCACGAACAUCUAGUGCAAACUGGAGCGGCGCGGAUCGCUUGACCGAGGAUGACAUCCGGAAGGAUCUUGCCGCGCGCGACAAGCUGCGACGCGAAGGCGGUUGGUCUUACGACAUGAGCAAGGGUUUGCUGUGA